UUUGGAGAGGAUGAGGAGUCGUUGGGUGAAGCAUGAGCUGCCAGGGUAUCGGUCUUAGACGACUGUCUGUGCUGCUCCUAUGGGAGGGGCUCGCUCUGAGCCUGUGCUGCUACUGGACCGGGACUUGGGUUGUUGCUGCUGCAGCCGGGCCCAGUGAUGAUGGUGGUACCGCUGGGCCCAUGGGCUGGUUGCUGUCGGACAAAGGGCCCUUCCACCACUCUUUGGAUUUCACUGAGUCGGUGGAGAGACACCAACAGGGCUACACUACCAGAUACAAGAUGUUCAGGGAGUUCGGCCGAUGGAAAGUCAACAGCCUGGCGGUGGAGAGGCGGGGCGGCAGCGGCCUGGCUCCGCCCCUUGACCCUGACUUCAUGCGCACAGUCAGGCAGUUGGGGCGGCGGCCCACCCUCCGCAGGAUCACUGAGACCAUUAUCAAGAAGUACGGGACUCACCUCCUGCUGUCCGCCACUCUUGGAGGGGAGGAGUCCUUGACGAUAUUUGUGGAUAAGCGGAAGCUGAGCCGAGGCCCAGAACCAGGGGCUGGAGCUGAGGGCAGCAGCCACAACAAUACGGGGGCUGGGGUGGUGACCCUGGAGGCCCUUCACCAGCUGGCUGCCUCCUACUUCACCGACAGGGAGAACACCCUGCGCCGUCUCCACCACCUCCAGAUCGCCUCCACCGCCAUCAGGGUGACUGAAACCAGGACAGGCCCCCUUGGAUGCAGUAACUAUGAUAACCUUGACUCUGUCAGCUCAGUACUGGUCCACAGUCCAGAAAACAAAAUCCAAUUACAAGGACUCCAGGUCAUUCUGCCAGCGUACCUGCGGAGCCGCUUCGUCCAGGCAGCCCUCAGCUACAUCGGCUGCAACUCGGAGGGCCAGUUUGUGUGCAGGGCCAGUGACUGCUGGUGCCAGUGUAGCCCGGACUUCCCACAGUGCAACUGUCCACAGACGGACCUCCAGGCCCUGGAGAACAACCUGCUCCGCCUCAGAGAGGCCUGGACACUGGCCAACGAGGAGUUUGAGGAAUCAGAGGAGUUCCAAAGCUUCGUCGGAAGGCUGCCAACCCAGUACGCGGUGAACAAAUCUGUCGUGGAACACUUUUGGAGGACGGAUGGGGGUCUGCUCCAGCGCUACAGGCAGCUGGAGACCAUGAGAGGCCUGCUUCUCGACAAAGCGCGCCACACCGCUAACAAGCUCUUCAGUCUCAUUAAGAGAUGCCGCCAUCAACCCAGAAUUGUGCUGCACAGGGAGAGACCCCUCCGCUACUGGCUGAGCUACAUCCUGUCCCUCCUGUACUGCAGUGAGAACGACCACAUCGGCGUGUACUCUGAGCAGACCAGGAGCUGUUCCUGCCCCUACCACCACUCUUCCUGCCAAGGCCCUGUCCCCUGCUCUGUGGGAGAAGGCCCCCGCUGUGCGUCUUGUUCCCCCGAGAACCGCACCCGCUGCUCCAGCUGCAACCCGGGCUUCUUUCUAGGCCAGGGGCUCUGCCGACCCGCCGUACCUGACCCCACGGAUCCUUACCUGGGUUUGGAGAGCGACCGCGACCUUCAGGACUUGGAGCUGCGCUACCUACUCCAGCGCCGCGACUCGCGCAUUGCCCUGCACGCCAUCUUCGUCAGCAGCGAUGUGCGCCUCAAUGCCUGGUUUGACCCGUCGUGGCGGAAGAGGAUGCUGCUGACGCUGAAGAGCAACCGCUACAAGUCCAACCGCGUGCACAUGCUCCUGGGGUUGUCGCUCCAGGUGUGCCUGACCAAGAACAGCACGCUGGAGCCUGCGCUGUCCGUGUUCGUCAACCCGUUCGGGGGCAGCCACUCGGAGAGCUGGACCAUGCCGAUCGGCCAGCACGGCUACCCCGACUGGAACAGGACCAAGCUGGAUAUCCCCCUGGACUGCUACAACUGGACCUUGACACUGGGCAACCGGUGGAAGAGCUUUUUCGAGACCGUCCAUUUCUACCUGAGGAGCCGCAUUAGGGAUUCGGGGCCAGGCUCAGGGGUUGGGGGACACAGAAACGCUAGUAGAACGUACUUUGAACCACCAGAGGGCGCCGUGGAACCUGUGGAGGCGUAUUCAUCCCAGAACAUGGGCUACAUGAAGAUCAACAGCAUGCAGCUGUUUGGAUACAGCAUGCACUUUGACCCAGACGCAAUCCAGGACCUAAUCCUGCAGUUGGACUACCCGUACACCCAGGGAUCCCAGGACUCAGCCCUGCUGCAGCUGGUAGAGGUCCGCUAUAGGGUCAACCGCCUCUCCCCUCCAGGGGCUCAGCCUAUGGACCUGUUCUCGUGUCUGCUCCGUCAAAGACUGAAACUGUCCAGUUCAGAAGUGACCAGAAUACUGGCUUCUCUACAGGCUUUCAGUGCCAGACAACCAAACUUUGUGGAGUACGAGGCAACCAAGCUAUGUAGUUAAUAAUGGGCAGGUGGGCGGGGCCAAUGUGAUGUUUUUUGUAUUAACCCACUCAGAUACAAUGUCAGCCCCAUAGCCUAUAUCUGUUUGUGUUGGUGUUUGCCGUUCAUGGCUUUAUUUGUAUAUAAGUGUCAUUAAAUUUGAUGUUUUUAUCAAUACCGGUCAAAAGUUUGGACACACCUACUCAUUCAAGAGUUUUUCUUUAUUUUUUACUAUUUUCUACAUUGUAGAAUAAUAGUGAAGACACCAAAACUUUGAAAUAACACAUAUGGAAUCAUGUAGUAAAUAAAAAAGUAUUUGCCUUGAUGACAGCUUUGCACACUCUUGGCAUUCUCUCAACCAGCUUCACCUGGAAUGCUUUUCCAACCAUCUUGAAGGAGUUCCCACAUAUGCUGAGCACUUGUUGGCAGCUUUUCCUUCACUCUGCGGACCAACUCAUCCCAAACCAUCUCAGUUUGGUUGAGGUCGGGGGAUUGUGGAGGCCAGGUCAUCUGAUGCAGCACUCCAUCACUCUCCUUCUUGGUAAAAAAUCCCUUACACAGCCUGGAGGUGUGUUGGGUCCACUAAGUCAAACCAGGUGGGAUGGUGUAUCGCUGCAUAAAGACACGGCGGUUGGAACCAAAAAUCUCCAAUUUGGACUGAAGACAACAGGGCAAAUUUCCACCAGUCUAAUAUCCAUUGUGUCUUGGCCCAAGUAUGUCUCUUCUUCUUAUUGGUGUCCUUUAGUAGUGGUGUCUUUGCAGCAAUGUGACCAUGAAGGCCUGAUUCACACAGUCUGCUCUGAACAGUUGAUGUUGAGAUGUGUCUGUUACUUAUUUGGAUUUGUUUAACACUUUUUUGGUUACUACAUGAUUCCAUAUGCAUUUUUUCAUAGUGUUGAUGUCUUCACUAUUAUUCUACAAUGUAAAAUAAAGGAAAACCCUUGAAUGAGUAGGUGUUCUAAAACGUUUGACCGGUAGUGUACAUUGGAAAGAUUUGGAAAAAAGCAUCCCUUUUUCCCUUUUUACAGAAAAUGCUGCAAUUUAUUAUUGGAUAGAGAGGAUUUGAUCUCCUUUAUACAGGUAUCAAAUCAGCAUAUAUUCCAAAUGUAUAUGACCACUGUGUUAUUACAGUGGAUUAUUGGAUUGAUACUAACACACACCUACUGAAACCUAUGUAAGUCAUUUGCUAAUGGAAGGAGAACGAGGUGCUGCAAAUGUGCUGUGUUAGUACUGCCCAUCUGGAGCUGCAGAACACAGUGUCUCAUAAUGUCUCCGUUCUGUAACAGCCUUGGCACAUAUUACCAAGGGUAUAGUGAGGACAGUAGCCUCCGCCCCUGUCUCUGGCUGCCAUUCACACUCACUGUGAUGGAUGAGAGAGGGAGGUAGAGAGACAUGCACAGCAUCAAACACAGGCUAGGUAUCAAUAGCCUUUAUCAGAGAUAAUUAGCUCACAGAGCAAAUAGGGAGUUGAUUGAAGGCUCAAUGACCAAGGGUGAAAUUAGACCCGAACUCCCAAAAGAACUGUUGUCUCUAGACUACAGUGUCAGCUGUUUGAGUAUGACUUGCAUCUUAGAUAGCACUUGCAGAAGUGGCUUGUCGUCGCUUAAUCUAGAUUCGUAAGACGUUCCCCCCUGGGGUUAAGGAGUUAAGGUGGUUAUCCAUCCUGGCUCUUCCCUCUGUUGUAACGCUAACUUUAAGGGAAAGAGAAAGUGGGUAGAAACAUAAGCAAUUAACUUGAAAACACUACCAAAUGACGCACUCGUUGUUCUCAAAUUCGGUUAUGGGCUAAAUUAUUUUCCUAUUUAUUUAUUAAAUGCAGUCAUUUAGUUUGUAAGUAAAUUGGAUUUCCAAAUUCGAUAGACUGAAUCCUUUUCAGUGAGGUAAGGUUUAUUUUUUUUUAAAUGUCCUAGAAGCAUUUGCAUAUCUAAAUGGAAUGUGAAGUAAUUAAAAUCAUGGCUGAGUAAACAAACAGCGAUGUCACGCAUGUGCAGCAUACAUUGACAUCUGAAGUAAACCCCUCAGUGUGACAAGGCCCAAGUGUGCUCAAACAAACCCUUUAAAAUGUCCUUGAUUGUGGGGUUGCAAAAGUCCCUGACUACUAAUCUUUACACUGUUUUGUGUUUCAAUACGUUACUUACCAAGGAUUGUUGACCACCGAGAUUUUUUUGUAAUCGUGGUCUUUAUUGUGUGAUUGCACAACAUGUAGGCCUAUAUCUGCUAAUGUAUAGGUUUUAAACACACACACAAUCAAACACACACACACACAUACACACUGAGCGAUUAGCUGAGGCUUUGGGCAGGGCAGUGGGCCUCGGAGGAAACAUGAGUAAGACUAAUAAUAUAAUGUGUCUGUUUUACAAGUGGACUGGCGAGGGGAUGGCGGGUUGCGGUGAAGGACAAGAGUUUAUGGAGACGAGUCUCUCAGGAGAGGCAUUUAAAAUAAUGGCUGACAAUCCACAGGAAGAACACAAUGAGCUGGCAGUCCAUCAAGACAGUCUAAAGGGAAAUCUGUGAGUGUUUGGUAUUCAUCAUACAGCAGCCGUUCCUCUUUAUGAAACAGCCCUGCUGGUUAAGCCGAGCCAAGCUCUACUGCUGUUGAAGCCGAGCCAAGCUCUACUGCUGUUGAAGCCGAGCCAAGCUCUAAUGCUGUUGAAGCCGAGCCAAGCUCUACUGCUGUUGAAGCCGAGCCAAGCUCUACUGCUGUUGAAGCCGAGCCAAGCUCUACUGCUGUUGAAGCCGAGCCAAGCUCUACUGCUGUUGAAGCCGAGCCAAGCUCUACUGCUGUUGAAGCCGAGCCAAGCUCUACUGCUGUUGAAGCCGAGCCAAGCUCUACUGCUGUUGAAGCCGAGCCAAGCUCUACUGUGCUGGCCUAGUUAGGCAUCCACCACUGGAACGUUUCUGGAAAGAAGUGACAGAGUAAAAAUAAAUGAUCAGAGCCAAUAGGAUAUGUUUCACAAUAGUGUGAAAAUAGGAAAUGUGAGCAAAAUGGAUCCACUUACAGGAAUAGAGCAGUAACAACCUGUUUUGCCCCCAGCAAGAGUAGCUGCUGCCUUGGCAACAGCUAAUGGGCAGUAGCAGUGUGUGGGUAAUAUCACUGAGGAAGCCAAGCCAAGCCAGUUAAAAAGCCAUAUUACAGCCUGUUGUAAUAAUUGCGUUGUUUGUUCUAUAACCCAUUUGUUCAUACGCCACCGUGAUCUACAAUAACACCCUGAGAACAAACACACAGUGGCAGAAUAUAUUACCUUUAUUUUACUAGGCAAGUCAGUUAAGAACAAAUUCUUAUUUUCAAUGACGGCCUAGGAACAGUGGGUUAACUGCCUGUUCAGGGGCAGAACGACAGACUUGUUAACAUGAGCCUACCAGGCUACAUCUAGGCUACAUAUGGAACUUCAAUCGUCUCAGGCCAGUGGCACAACAUAUUAAUUUAUGGUUAGAUCCGAAUCUCUGUCAUAAUCAUUGAUCUGUACAGAAAUUAUUUGAUUUGAUUUGAGAAUUAAGUCAAAGCUACAUGUCCAAAUCCCCAUCAUCGUCCAUGGCUUAGGAAAAGGGACGAUUUAGAAAGCUAGCUACUGUAGCACAUCAACACAAGCAGACCGACCAUAAACUGACACAUUUUUCUGACAAUUAUGACGUUUUUCUUAGGAUGUGAUUUGAUUUGUGUGAAGAGAAAUCCAAAAUGGGGGUGGGGCGGCGGACAGCCCACAGUUGAGCUCAGUGCAACGAUGAAUUGCUAAUUAUUUUAUAUUUUUUUAUAAAGGGAAGUAAAUGCUUGCUGGCAUCAAUCAAUCAAAUGCUACGGCAGUAACAUGUCAUACUCUUUUGUUCCAGACAGCAUCAGAUACAUGGGCUACACAUACAGAGACAGAGGGGCGCUGUUUCCCUCACUCGGAUGAUUUCUCCCGUGAGAUUCAGCCACUUGCGAAAAGAUGGAAAAUUAUGAAAACACAGAGAGACGAGAGACAUUAUUUUAUCAUUAAAAAAAUGGUAGUGGUCAAAUAUCCAUGAUUACGCACCAGUGCUAAUGGGGAUCCUAAUAAAUAUGAAAUACUAAA